AUGACACCACAAAAGCAAGAGCAGAGCCACUGGUUGGACAAAUACGCAUCAAACUAUGCCGAGUGGAAGCUGUCAGAAAAUGCAGAUUGCACCCAGCUGUUCAAGCGCCCUCUCGGGCUAGUGGAGACUUCUUUUGACUCCGAUGGCGCGUAUUAUGGUGGCCGGGCAGUCCAACACAAGCUCUCGAAAUCAGAGCUUAGGCGCAGGAUAGCGCUUGCCUGGACUUCUCUUCGCCUUCAGCACCCUCUACUCUUGUCUCGAGUGAUCGAUGAUCAAGAAACAGGAAGACGAGCCUUUGCCGUCGAUGUACCCAAUUCUCAAGAUUCUGCCAUUCAAGAUGUGGAGAAGAAUAUCGUUUGGAUCGAAGAAGCGUACGAGGAAGUCAACGAGAAAGACCUGUACCACCACGCCUACAACGUAACUCGCAUCAUUGCACCCACGAAGUGCCUAUCAAAGUUCCAUGUCUUACCUUUGCGACAACUUCCAGACGGAACAUAUGAGCUGCGCUUCCUCAUCGUGAUUGCGCAUCAAAUAUCCGAUGGUCUAUCCGCGUACAGCUGGUUCAGCCAUUUCGUUCGCAUUUUCAAUCAACCAUCUCAGGACAUCUUAGCAGAAAUUGAGUCGGUUCGUCAACCUCAGAAGAUCAAAACAGUCCUGCCAGCCGCCCAGGAAGACCUAUACCCACCGAUUGCAGGCAACAAAGCGAGACAGCGCUGGUUCUGGGCGCUGAUCAGAGUGCUGAGACACGUGAAGAAAGGAGGACUACCACUCACCUUUACGAAUCCGCUGCGAAGGGAAAAGAGGUUAGAGGAGCCAGUACCACUCGAACCCAAGUUCAACAAGAUCUUCGACUAUAGCCCUUCGACUCGCCCUCCAAUGUCCUGUGGCCAUGUAUCCGCAUCCCUUUCGCCCGCCGCCUCAGCACGUCUGAUAUCCCUAUGCCGAUCCGCAAACGUCAGUAUAGGCGCUGGCUGUUUCGCUCUCGCCGGCCUAGCAAUGAUGGCCAUCCACGAAAAGCGAUCUCCAUCAACCACCCACCCUCCAUUCACAGCCUCCUUCCCGCUAAACCCCCGCGCCUUCUUCGUGAACCCACCACCGCCCGACUCAUGCAUGCUAGCCUUUAGCGAGGGCAUAGUAAUGCCAUUCCUAUCCUCCGACCAACCUGUAGAAGGACGCUUCAAGCUAGUAGCAAAGCACGCAAACCGCGAGUUAAGAGUCUACCAGAAACGUCUAAAAGGAAAAGGAAAGACGGGUACAGCAGGUAUACUAGACAAAGGCUCACCAGGCCGCCUCCUCGCAACAGGCUACGUCGCGCAGAUCGAACGUGUGGAAGCGAAACUCCCACCGUGGCGUCGCUCACCUUCUUUCCAAAAUCCACAAGGCUCUCUAGCACCUAGCACAGCAGGGUUCGGCGCUACAUGCGGCGUCUCUUCCAUCGGCCCUCUAGCUGCGUUCUUCAAGCGCGGGACGUACGAUGUGAAGGAUCUGGGGGACAAGGACUUUGCUGCGGACUUCCGCGACGUGAAGAUUGGAGUUAGAGCGAGGGAGGACGAGUUUCUGGUUGGCAGCUCGACUAGUGCGGAGGGGAUUGUGGGGUUCGGCGUUAGCUAUGAUCUCAACUCUAUUAGUGCUGAGGCGGCGGAGGUGUGGAGAGAGACUAUCGAGGGGCUGUUGGAGGGGAGGGAGGUGGCGAGGUUAUAG